AUGGCGAAUUUGCCCGGCGAUGCAAACGGGGUCCGAACCCUUCCCCAAGAUUGGCUCCGAAUAUCUCUUACGCCAAUCUGGGGAACUUCCCAACCCCCGCCUCAGCCAAUCACCACAUCCAACCAGAAUUCGGCCUCCGGCGGACCCAACUUGGCACAGUAUCUAUUUUAUUCCGCCGAGGCCUCGAUGACGCACACGACUGGUCUCGGCGUUGGUUCGGUUAUGAACCGCCACUCAGCGCCUGAGCGAUCCCCCAAUCCACGCCAUACGGGCAGGGCACACUUGACGUCCAUCUCCCCGACUUUGACGUUGCAAGCGGACGAUUAUUGGGCGAUCCGCCUCAACGUCCCUGUUCUCGUAUUCCACAUCUUCCUCGCGUGGACCCAGGCCUGCGGGGUCCCAUGCUCCCCACUCAUGUUGGAAGAUGCCGCUCUUGCCCAAGGCGAGGUGAUCGGGAUCGUGAUUGGGGCCAUUGCACUGUUUUCGAUAAUCAGCAUCCUUCCAAUAUUUCUGGUGUGGCAUCGCAGGAGGAGACAAGCUGCUGCUGCUGCUCGUCCUGUUAACCAGGCUCUUGUCUUGAGCUCUUCUAUGGAACAGGUUUCCGUGGAAAGAUGGCUCGAACAACAGAACACGAAUAGUGACAUUGAACAAUAUGCUGAAGAUACCUGUGCCCCAUUCCCCGUCUUCACUCUAGGCGCCUGGGCAUUCGGAGUUUCGGCACCUCUCCCGUUCUUUGAUCUUGCGCCCCCAUAUGUCUCUGCUCCUUAUCAUCCACUCCCAAUCUUGCCUACCCCAAACCCGCCCAACUACCUCGUCGCCAACCCCCCGAGCGUGAUACAUCACCGGACCCCUCAGACGGCUCGUGCUGUGGAGCUGCAGCUGCAGGGACCGGUCCCAGACGCGAUAGUGGAAUUCUCGUCCUCAAUCGGUGUCAUCAUGCGUUUCAUUUAA